GAUUCAUAGAAAGAAACUUUUAUGUGGAUGAUGGCCUUAUUAGUUUCUUCUCAGCAGAAGAGGCUAUUAGUCUAGUCCAUGAAGCGAAACAACUCUGCAGUACUGGAAAAUUGCGACUGCACAAGUUCGUUUCCAACAGUUCACAAGUUCUGGACUCUCUUCCUAAAGAAGAUUGUGUAGAGAUGGUAAGAAACCAAGACCUAGCCCUGGGUGAGCAACAGAUUGAAAGAGCCCUAGGAGUUAAAUGGGAGGUCACCUCAGACCAGCUUCAGUUUCGAAUAGUUGUGAAUGAACGUCCACUUUCCAGACGUGGAGUCUUGUCAACUGUAGCCUCCGUCUAUGACCCACUUGGGUUUGUGGCACCUUUCGUUCUACUUGGCAAGCAAAUAUUACAGCAAAUGUGUCGUGACAAGUCAGACUGGGAUGAACCACUCUCAAAAGAACUCAAGCCACGGUGGGAGUCCUGGCUUCUGGAUCUAAAGAACCUCGCUCAUGUCAAAAUUGAUCGCUGCUAUCUUCCAGCAGAUUUUCAAGAAGUUCAGAGAUAUGAACUCCACCAUUUUUCAGAUGCAAGUGUUACAGGAUAUGGUGUUUGUACCUAUUUAAGAUCAAUUAGUAAAUUAGGACAAAUCCACUGCUCACUUGUCAUUGCCAAGUCCAGAGUAUCACCCACCAAGGUAACCACUGUGCCAAGACUGGAAUUGUCUGCUGCAGUAGUAGCAGUACGUGUAAGUGACAUGCUCAAGGGAGAACUGGAGUUGAAAAAUGUCCAAGAAUUCUUCUGGACGGAUUCGCAAGUUGUCUUAGGGUAUAUAAACAAUGAAGCGAGGCGUUUUCAUGUCUUUGUUGCGAACCGUAUCCAGCGCAUCAAGGAAAGUACUAAACCAACACAAUGGAAGUAUGUCACAUCAGAAGACAACCCCGCAGACCAUGCGUCUCGAGGACUCAAAUCUGAAAGGCUCAUUGCUUCCAACUGGUUUAGCGGUCCAAGUUUUCUCUGGCAAGAUCAACUUCCCAGUGGAGAGAUUAAGGUGGGAGAACUUGACACGGAGGACCCAGAAAUACGCAAAGUUCUUGUUUACCACACUUUAACAACAGUAGAUUCUUUGGUAGAACGCUUCCUGAAAUUCUCCAGCUGGACAAGGCUAAUUAAAGCUAUUGCAAGACUUACCAGAUUUGUAAAGGAGUUUAAAGGUUCAAUGAAGAGGACUAACGAAGCUACAAGUCUCGAUGAAAGGCAAGAAGCUGAACUUACAAUCAUUACCAUUGUCCAAAGAUCUGUUUUCUCUAAAGAAAUCAAAGAACUUCAGUCCCAAAAGGAGUUAACUACUAAAGACAAGGCAAGCAGAUUGUAUCGACUCAAUCCCUUCCUGGACGACAAGGGCAUCCUUAGAGUGGGAGGUAGAUUAGAGCAUGCAACUUUACAUCCACACAUCAAGCAUCCAGUAAUCUUGCCAAAAACCAGCCACAUCACCAAGUUACUGAUUGAUCACUAUCAUCAGCAAGUGAGACAUCAAGGGCGUGGCAUGACCAUAAACCAACUAAGAUCUAAUGGCAUAUGGAUUCUUGGCUGUAGUCGAGCAGUAUCAUCGUUUAUCUACAACUGUGUCAAAUGCAGGAAAUUCAGACGUCGAACAGAGGAACAAAAGAUGGCAGACCUGCCUAGUGAAAGAAUGGAGACAACUCCUCCCUUUACUUACUGUGGGAUGGACUGUUUCGGCCCGUUCUAUACUAAGGAGGGAAGAAAGGAACUAAAACGCUAUGGACUGCUGUUCACUUGUUUGUGUUCUCGUGCAGUACACAUAGAGUUACUUGAUGAUUUAUCUACUGAUGCAUUCCUCAACUCACUUCGUGCUUUCAUUGCUCUACGCGGAAACAUCCGUCAACUGCAAUCAGACCAAGGCACCAAUUUUGUUGGAGCAAGACGUGAGUUCUUGGAAACAGUAAAAGAAAUGGAUCAAGAAUCCCUGAAACAACUAGGCUGCGAGUUUGUCAUGAACCCACCCUCUGCUAGCCAUAUGGGUGGAGCUUGGGAAAGGCAAAUCCGAACAAUCAGGAGUGUGUUAACAUCCAUCCUGGAUCAGUCAUCCCGAACACUUGACGAUUCAUCUUUAAGAACCUACCUGUAUGAAGUCAUGGCAAUCGUAAACAGCCGACCUAUAACAGCACACCUGCUCAACGAUCCUACUGGACCUCAGCCACUUACACCCAACCUUCUCUUGACAAUGAAAUCAUCAAUAAUACUGCCUCCACCAGGAGAUUUUGUAAAGGAAGACCUUUACCUCCGUAGAAGAUGGCGUAGAGUGCAGUAUCUAGCCAAUGAAUUUUGGCAAAGAUGGAGAAAGGAGUAUCUGUUGAGCUUACAACAAAGGCAGAAGUGGCACAAGACAAACAGAAAUGCGAAGGUCAAUGACGUAGUGAUUAUACAAGAUGAUACAACACACAGAAAUGAUUGGAAACUGGCUAAAGUUACUGCUGUCUACCCAAGUCAAGAUGGAUGCGUACGAAAGGUGCAGUUGCUAAUCAGUGACUCUGCAUUAGAUGACCAUGGGAAGAGACUAAGUAAACCAGUUCAUCUAGUAAGACCAAUCCACAAGACUGUCACAUUGUUAGAAGCAGAUUAGGACAGUUCAUAAGUUCAUUUUGGAAAUCACAAGUGAUUUGGUGGGAGUGUAGCUGCCGCUAGAGGCAACUCUCAUUAUAUAUGCAUUCAGUUCAUAAUAUGCACUUUACAGUUUUAAGUAAAUAAAUGGUUAAAAUGUUCAAAUAAUAAUUAGAAUAAAACAGGAAUAUAUUUUUGUUUCUGUUAGUUUAUUUAUGUUCUUAGUUAAAACCAUAGAAGGGUGAGAGGGAACAUAUAAUUUUGUUUCACUAGGGAAUUAUUUAAUUGUUGCUAUCACUUCCGGGGGGCGCUAAAUGCAGAAAAGACGCACGAGGUACGCGCUAAUGUGCAUACAAGUUGCAAUUGAAAGAAGUGUUAAGUUUAUUGCUGCUCUUUGGGUUAAAGAAGAAGAAACUAUAACCUUCAAGUUUAUUCCUCUUGAGUUAGAGAGGCCAAUGAGUUCUGACGGCAUUUGGGCAUUUGGGAAUUUUCGCAUCUUUGGAAUUUCGACACUAUCGGCAUUAUUGGCAUUAUUGGAGCAUAAGGCUACAAGACAUGUUGAAGACUUGUCCAAAAUAAAUGUCUGUUAAAAACCAAGAACGACCUGAGCCUUUUAUUCAACUCGAGGGGAG